AUGCUCGAUGGCUGUCCUAGACUCACUCGGAGAGUCCAGUCUCUUCAGAGCGCCCCGAAUCUGCUCUCUGAUGACUUGCCGUUUCACGGCCGUUACUUUACGGUAUCUGGGUGUCUGUCGCAUCCACCACAUCGAAAGCCGUGGCGAGACCGACUUUGUGAUCUUGUCAAUGGCAUCGACCGUCUCGUACAGCGCGGCGAUGAAGUCAUUGAGUGGUUCGAUCCUGCCUUUUCUGGCAUCCCAGGCCUCGAGGUGGAGACGAUAGAUGCGUCGCAGCGCAAGCUUCUAGAAGUUGUCUAUGAAGCGUUUGAGAAUGCUGGCAACACAUUGGAAAGCAGUGGUGCUGCUCAGGAAGCUAUCAUCCGCAAAUACUACGAGGACGCCGGUUUGCGACCGCCUGAGACGCCUUUCCUGGAGUGCCACGGGACGGAUACUCGAGUGUAUUCGGGUCAGGGAGGUCUGAUGCUGCGGAUGAUCGUCUGCUGA